ACGAGCGGCCGGCUGGCGCUAGCAGAGCCGUUCCGAGAGAGUGCCGUCGCGGAGUCCGCGGAGUGCAUCCUGGAGUAUACGUUCCACCAGCUUUCCCGUGUAUGCGCGCGCGCGUGUGUGUGUGUGCGUGUGGUGUGCGCACGCCCGUGUCACCGUCGUCAUCGUCGUCGUCGUCGUCGUCGCGCCGUGUCGUCGCCUCCUCGCGCCGUUUACGUCGCCGUCGUCGUCAUCGCCGACAGACCGGAGAGAAAAAGAGAAAGAGAGAGAGAGAGAGCGAAAGAGGUAGGGAAGAGGUGACCCGGCAGUGUCGUGCGUCGGUCACGGGGAGUCCGUGGUCCCGGAUCUCGCGCGCGUGUUCCUCCGAGAGAAUAACGGAAAAAACGGUGAAACGGUGAAACAGCGGGGCGGCGGACGACGUAUGUACGUACGUACGUAGUAGAGAGGUACGUUCUCCUCCGUGUACACGUGUGCGUGUGCGUGUGUGUGUGUGCGUGUGUGUUGCGCGCGGAGCGCUCAUGUGUCGGUGCGCCCAUGCGUGUGCUUGCGCGCGCGCGGUCGUACGCGAGGGAGCGAGACAGGCGGCGGCGAAUUGACGGAGCGGAGGAGUGAAAGAGGAGCGGAGGAGGUGCGAAAGAAAAAGUGGGAAGUGUGUCGCGCGCUCGCGGCACCGACGUCGCACACCGACGUCGUCAUCGGCGAGGAAGGUGCCCGGAAGUCGCCUGCUAGUGUGCCGUAAACGCGCGACUAGUGUCCGACGGGCGAAUAAUAGACAAAGGGGAGAAAACUAGUGACCGCGAGUGGGCGAGGUAGCCCCCGCUGUGAACGGGGGGGUGGCGAGGGAGAGUAGAAAAGGAGAGAAAGAAUACGGGACCAGAAUACGGAGUGCCGUCGAGUGUAGGAAGGCGUACGGUUGCAUCAAGAGAGAAGAGGAGGAGGAGGAAGAGGAGGAGGAGAUCCAUCAGCGAGCGCACGAGUCUCGCGAGACGGAGAACGGCGAACGAAGGGAAGAGAGAAAAAGAGAGAGAGCGAGAGGGCUGGAGAGGGGUCUGCGUCGCGGACGGAGGAAUGCGAGAAGCGACCGAGCGGUGCCGUGUAAACACGCGUCUCGAGUGAACCAACCGACCGGAGGAGAGGCGGCCCACCAGCGACGUUCGAUGUCGUUGGCUUCCCCGUCGUCGCCUUCGUCGUCCCGCCGACGGUCCGCGUCGUAGAAGCUCCUCUCGCGCGGGAGGAGCGACCGGGACAUCCCCGUGUGUGGCAUCGAUCAUCGUCGUCGUCGGCGCCGCCGCCGCCGCUGCCGCCGCCGCCGCCGCCGGCACGGCAGACACGCGUAAAUGAAUCCACAUCACAAAUGACGGUGGGCGGACUAGCGAGGUGCUGCCUGCUGGACUCGUCGUCUGCUGCUGCUGUUGCUGCUGCUGCUUCGUCGAUUUAACGGACAAAGAGCGGCACGAGAUGAAUCGAAGAGUGGGAUAUAGCAAUUACGAUGGCAAGAUCGCCGGGCUUUACGACCUGGAGGAGACCCUCGGCCGCGGUCACUUCGCCGUGGUGAAGCUGGCACGACACGUUUUCACCGGUGAGAAGGUCGCAGUGAAGGUGAUCGACAAAAGCAAGCUCGACGAAGUCUCGAGAGCUCAUCUCUUUCAGGAGGUGCGGUGCAUGAAACUGGUGCAGCAUCCCAAUGUAGUGCGGCUGUAUGAGGUGAUAGACACGCAGACCAAGCUAUACCUAAUUCUAGAGCUCGGCGAUGGGGGGGACCUCUACGAUUACAUCAUGCGCCACGAUAGCGGCCUCAGCGAAGAGGUGGCCAGGACUUACUUUCGCCAGAUAGUUCGAGCUAUAUCAUACUGUCAUCGUUUACACGUAGUGCACAGAGAUUUAAAACCUGAGAAUGUCGUGUUCUUCGAAAAGCUCGGUACGGUAAAGCUGACGGACUUCGGGUUUAGCAAUAGAUUCUGUCCUGGUCAGAAGCUCGAGACUUCAUGCGGUUCGUUAGCGUACUCUGCCCCAGAGAUACUUCUGGGCGAUAGUUAUGAUGCCCCCGCAGUAGAUGUUUGGUCCUUAGGUGUGAUACUGUACAUGUUAGUAUGCGGCCAAGCGCCAUUUCAAGAGGCGAACGACAGCGAGACGUUAACAAUGAUUAUGGACUGCAAAUAUUCGAUUCCGUCACACGUGUCCGACGGCUGCAAGCGACUGAUCGCGAAGAUGCUCGUGCGGGAACCCGAACGCAGAGCGUCCCUCGAGGAGAUUGCCGCGGAUCCGUGGUUGGCGAUAGGUUCCGACUUGGACACGAUGGAGACGCUGCCGCUCGUAUCGCGUCAACAAGUCUCUGAUGAUCAUCACAAUCAUAUAAUAUCCAAAAUGGUUAACGGUCACAUCGCCACCAAGGAAGAGAUAUUGGAAGCGCUGGACAGGAAUGAGUACAAUCACAUUACUGCGACGUAUUUUUUGUUGGCCGAAAGAAAAUUGCGCGCUCAUCGACAAGAACAAAUGCAGAAAGCUCGACCCGAAGCCCUGGACGUUUCAUCAGGCCGGCAGGACGAUCUAACAACAACUCUACGCGCGGACGACAACUCCCUGAGCACUGCAAAUCAGUCAUUAUUAACAGUGCCACGAACACCGGGUGACAUACCACAGAAUGUUCGUACGCGGAAAUGUAGUAUUGUCCAAGAAGAAGAAGAUGAGGAUGACGUAUCCUCUGGCCGAGAUGAACGCGGAAGUAACUCUGCACUCAAUUCCUUCAAUCGUCGUGGUUCUCGAUCUGAGGGAAAACUAUCUCAUAUACUACAAGAACGAUUGGCACAGCUUCCGGAGAAGCCUGUGCCGAAUCAACGGCAUUUGCACCAAAAAGAGGAUGCCGUUAUUGCUGAAUCGUCUCAUAGGGGAGAAAGAAGACUGAAGACUACGAAAAACGAGAAAGAUGAUAAAACGUCGUCGCCGAUGCAUUCGAAAGGAGCGGACAAAGGAGGUAAUGUACUUUUAGAAAAACUGCCCCCGAAGAUUACCUUAACGUGUGAAGAGAAUAUGAAGAAUCGAUUGAGUGCGAACUGUCCAUCGACCGGAUGGGCGGCGAAAAAAGCCACGAGCACGGAGGCCAGGCCCAAAUCGGUAACCGAAUGUUUGAAAUCGACUGGACCGAUACCAGCAAAUAAAUGGAGAAUGGGCGCUCAGCAUCAUAGAUUUAGCGUGCCGCUUACAGAAUCUUCGUCGGGGAUUCCUUUAAAACCGUCCGAUAUACCUUCGACAACGGCGACGACGACGACGACUAAAACACUGCACGAGUCGUCGACUGUCUCAAUACCGCUUCAUCCAAUCAGUGACAAUCAAGUUACUUUAACACCUAAAUACAAGACGAUGCCGUCCCCCAGUGGUAACUCGUCUGCGACACUGAAUGAAAUCCUAGAGGACGGGGAUGACACGCAUGGAUCAGUAAACUCUAUGGAAUGCGGGGAUACGACGACGUCGAAAUGCCGCGUUGUCAGGCGAACAACGUACGAGCAGCGAAGAAGCAAGUUUCAUAAAACGCGCACGACCUCCUGCUCGAGUUCGGAUGCCAGCGAUGAUGACAGUGAGAGCAGAAAGAAGAGGGCGCACAAACUCGGCGCUUCCACGGGUAAACCCUUACCUCCGAGACGCGACAGUCACGACGACUCAAGCGACUCACAAGAUCCAGGAGGAAGCGGCGGAGGGCGUGGUGGUGUCGGCGGAGGAGGGAGCGGAGUGAGUAAUGGCGAGCGCACGACAACGGAUACACAACCGACGACAACCGAGAGCAAUCGAAACCAUACUAGUAGCGGCACUAACACGACAAAUACGAGCACAACGAACGGAGGGGAGCGGCAUCGGUGCACCGAGAAUCAGGUAAUGUUUGGUAGGAGGCAUCGAGCUGGUAGGAGAAGAGCCGGCGAGACGCGAUUACGUGAGAGCCAGUCGUUGAAUCGUAUCACCGAGGUCCAGGAGGCCGAGGCACCCUUGUCCUGUCACAAUCAUUGUCAUGUGUCGCGCAAUUCAACUGUAAUUGGCACGCAAAACGUCUCAUCGUCGUCGUCAGUGUCGCAGAAUAGCACGGCUUCUCAGCACAAUGUUGUCCCGCCUGUGUCUCAAAUAGCAACCACUACUGUACAGAAAGCCAAAGGUCUCGGGGCGAGGUUGUUGCAAAGCUGGUCGCUCAGUGCCGGAAAAUCCCUGAUACCGCAAGGGUUAAAGCAGCAAUCUGCCCGCAGUCCUGAUGGAAAGAGGAACGGCUGUCCACGACAAUCAGAUGAUUGUCAGACAAUAAGCGGCACCAACGAUGAGCGUCGCGGUACGGAUCAAAAGUGCGCGAGUCAAAUGAUGUGCAACGACAAGGAGAACCGCGGUAACGGCUCAAUAAAUCGAAACGAGUGUAAGAACAGGAAGAUUCGAUUGUUGAGCCGUUACUUUGCCGUGCACAAGAAGCUCUGUGUACCGCUGCCAGGUAUCUUUGGCAAAGGACGCCUUUACAAAGCUCGCUCAUGCGGCAGCAUUACUCGCGAUCGCGUGAGCCCGCCGUCACCUAAAUCGAUGCUGUUGGUCGAGGACAAGUGGCGGGAACGUCGUCAGUGGUGUGAUGCCGCGACAAAGCAUCGUGGUAGCGACGGAGAUAUCAAUCAGAAUUUAGGCCUCGCGCAUCUCGGGCAAGAGAACAUCGGUAAGGGCUGCACCGGUAUGCCCAACGUGUGCCACAUUCAUCUCGGAGACGCUUCCAAGUGUUGUAGCCUUUGUUGAUAAAUCGCUUCCGCUUGAAAGAGGCAGAGAACUCAACCCCCGCAUCUUAGAUACGCGAAAUGAGAGACACGUAUGAGUGCGAGUAAGUAAGAUCAGAUUCGUUCUCGUGUCAGUGACGUAGCUAAGUGGCAUAUGGUCGCGAGACGUCUUUCACGAUAAUCUUUUUUUGAUACUGCGAAUAAUUUCUAACGGGUUAUCAAGAAAAAAAAAAUUCCUAUAGUUUGAAAGAUUUGAUGAUUUUUUGGAGGGGGGGGGGGGGGGGAAAUCGUAAUUCAGAACGGCGUAGAUGCCACGUCUUUGAUGCAAUCUUAAGGAGAACAAUAGUUAAUGAUUUCUGAAUGUAAAAUCGAAAUCAGAUCUGUUUAGGAAUUAUUUUAUAAGCAAUUCAGAGUGCAAAAUGUGCUCAUAAUUAAUAUUUCCAGAAAAGUAUGAACUGUUGCUCGCUGAUGUCCAAGUUACGUUAAGGACGCGCAACUGAUAUUCGCGCGAGUGGUAAUUGUUAACCACAAUAGUAAAGAUUACGUGACUCUGGUCUGCCAUCAACGUAUUUGACUGAUCACAUCAUAUCCCCGUUGAUCUGUAAAGCACAGAGAACAAAGCAACAAUAAGAGAAAGAAAAAUGGAGCGUACCGAUAUUUGUUGGUCGUUCCGAGAGAGCUGUAUCUAGUCCAUAUGAACAAACAAUGUAUUAAAUAUUACAGAGUUUAUGAUAAUUAUUAUAUUAUUAUACUAUUAUUAUGAUAUUAUUAUUACCACUAUUACUCUACUGCUACUAUUACUACUAUUUAUCGCUACUAUUACUAUUACAGUCGCUAUUACUAUUGCGAGAGAGAUCAUUAUCAUCUCCAUACUAUCAUCAUCAUCACUAUUAUUGCCAUUAUCAUUAUUCAUCUCUCUAAAUAUUUACUGCGCAAGAAAACUAGCACGGGUGUAAUGUAUAAUGCAUCGCAAAUAGUAAAACAAUUCCACGUCACGAUUGAAAUUUGCAGUCGAUCGAUGCGGAGUCGUGCAGUAUGAAAAGUGUCUUCCUCGUUCUUAUUUUUCUUUCGAUUUCUCCUUUUUCUUUAAUGCGAGAUUCCUCUUCUCUCUUCUCUCUUCUACAUGACACAUCAUUGCCUUUACAAAGCUUCCUAACUUAUUAAGACGAAAAGCAGAUAGUUUUCAAAUGGCGGUUGAUUAUAUUUAUAUAAAUAUAUAUAUUAACGCGCGCGCACAAAUUAACAUCGGAUGGAAAUAUAAGUGUUCUACAACGGUAGUUUGCAACUGAGUUGCGUAAAUGAAAAGGAAUUAAAUGAUUAAGAGAGAGAAACUCGCUCCGUGGUAUUUGUAUACGUUAAACCCGGUGCGGGAAUAGAAGUAUUCUUGAGCAAGCAAUGCGCAACGUAAAGCCCACCGAAUACGUGAAUAUUCUGCGCGCAGAUGUUAGAAGCUUAAGGGUAAGGCGAUAAUAGCAAUCGUCAUCUAUAUUGAUUCAUUCUUGUAGAUCUAAAUAAUCGGCAGCGAACAAUAGGUGCAAGAUUUGUUGAACGUGCUUGCCGGUUAAGCCACGUUCUUUGAUCAUUCGUUCCUUCCAGUGUUCGCGCCACGUAUUACGAUGGCGUAUACAUCUAGACAGGAUCAAUACGAGAUCUAACUUUGCAAGUUUUUUAUGGAAAGAAAUGGAAAAGUCGUGAUUAUUUCAUUGUUAAGACCAUACUUUUCUCUAUUUUAUAUAAAUAUAUAAAUUGGCGUCGUUUUCAUCAAAUUUUUCUAAAUCAUAAUUUUCAUAAAUACUACGUUUAUCACUGCUCCUACAAGACUCAUCAGAAAAUAAAAUGACAAACUUUAUGAAAUUUAAACAUACAGCUAAAGCUUGACAUGCUCGUUUUUUGAAAUAUUGAAAAAUUUUUGAAUAAAAUGGCAAUUAGUCAAGGUCAACAUAGAAUUUUUUAAAUUUUGAAUUUUUGUUCAUUUUUAGCUAUGACAAAAAAAAAUGAAUAUCAUAAAAAAAAUUCUGCGUUAAACAUUAGUUUUUAGUCUUUGGAAAAUGUUUAUAAAAUUACAUUGAUCGAACCAUCUUGAAGAUAUAGAUAAGUAGUCACACGUUUUUAAAAAUAUAAUUUAAAGUAACAUCAUAUUUAUUGCUUUAUAAUAUAAUUUAAAUAUUGAAUAGAAACAUAUGAUCUUACUAUGAAAUAGAUAUAGCUUAUUAUCUAUUAUUUAUCUUUUUCUAUUUUUUCUAUAAAAAAAUUCACAAAGCCUCGUCUAGGUGUACAUGCCUCCUUAAGUCACUUAUGUCACAUAUAGACGGAUAUCAUCGUCUCUCUAUCAUCGUCAUCAUCGCGAGUGCAUCCGUUGUUUAAAAAUACACAUGACAAUGGUAAAAUAAGAAGUGUUUCUCAUUAAUGUAGAAGAAAUGCAUCAGUUUUAUUUUUUUCUUUCAUCACGAUGGAUACUUUCAGAAUGUUUCUUGCCGGGAAAAAAUCUAAAAUUUUCAAAGAAUUUUUUCUUUAUCUUUGAAAAUCAUGAAUUUUUAUGGAACUUUAUUAAUACGGAAAUUUUUGAAAUUUUACCUUUAAAUUUACAUUUUCUUUAAUUUGUUUUAUUUUAAAAUCUACCUCUUUUCUGACAAAGUUUUGUUUCUUUGAUCAUUUUCUUGAUAAUGCAAAAUUGAUUAGCAAUAAAUGUGACAUGUUCACGUAUAUUCUCGUGUAACUCGCAAAGUUUUUAACUUAAACAAUUAUCGACAAUACAGUACAUUGUUCUAAAAUAAUAUUAAUAUUAUUUAUUUAAUCACUUCACCGUUUUUGUAUUUUCGGCGAGCUAAAUUCGUGUAUUGCCAACAGAUCCUUAUAUACUAUAUUUAAAAUUUAUAUUACUUUUUUAGUACUUUUUCAAACUUAAUAUUCAAAAUUUAAAAUAAUUUUUUUGCAAUUGUAUAAUUAGUGAAUAUUGAAAGGUAUAACAAAAUAAAUUUAUCUCACAUAAAAUUACAUAAAAAGUUUUUCCAAUUUUAUCUGGAAGAAUUUUGAAUAAAAUACUUAGAAAAGACCCAGAAUUCUUAAGGAAUAUUUUUAUAAAAUUUUGAAUAAAUAUCCUAUAAACGCUUCUUUACAAUAUCGUUAUCCGAUCAUUUCUCUCACAGAUUAAAAAACGGUUUUGCUAAAGUAUUAAAAAAUUUAGAUCUGAAUACAGAUCUGAAAAUAAUUUUAUUAAACUAUUAAAAUAAUUGCAUAACAUUAUUCAUUAUGUUUAAAUAUCCUUCACAAUUAUUUUAAUGGUUCUACAAAAGUAUUUUGUGUGAUAGAUGUGUAUCUAAUUAAAAUUUUAGAUACUUGAGCAAAACCGUUCCUUUUUAUGCAAAUUCACGCAUUUCUGUCCAAUUUGCGAAUCUCGAUGAUCGAGUGCUGGGCGUUCGACAAAUAUCGAGAUGACUUCUCAUGAGUUCAUCCAUUUUUUAGCUCAUCCGUUUCACUUACAAUAUUAUUCGAUUAGCAUAAAAGUGUAAGUUCGAAAAUGAUACAUAAUAAGAAGAUGUUAACAUAAGGUAACUAUCGAUUCGCCGCCGCUCGUCAAACUCCUCAUUUGCUCCUCUGUUUUUCGUCUUUAAGUUCGCGUCUACAAGAUGUGUCGAUUCUAACUUUUUUGAUAAAGACUGAAAAUUCCGUAAUGACUUCUCAAUAAUAUCUCGACUACCAGAUACCUGCGCGUCGCACGAUGACGAUGACCUAACGAGACCAAAAAUAAAUAAUUCGUAAGAUUCACAGACCUAAGUUUGCACUAGUUGCAAAGUGCAAUACAAAGUCGUACAAAGCCAAGUACCUUGUGUCGAUGUAGUCGUUGAUUUUAAGGAUCCGACUCAAUUUUAUCUUUUUCACCCAUUAUUGUAGCGUAUUCAGCAACUCGGGAGCUACUUUCGAAACUCGAAGCUAAUAAUCGCGGUGUACACAUGGGCAUUAACGUUAUUUCACUGUAACGAGAGUAAAUAUCUCGGAAAUGAUAGGACUUUAGGGUACAAGAGUCUCUCCGUUAGGAACAAUCGAGCGAAGAUUAUUGUUGCUGUAAUCGACGGCGAGAGAAUUGUCUAGCGCGCGAAGCUCAAGAAGGAUUUCCUCGCAGGCGCCCCUAAGUCACGUACGGCUUGUCUCAGUCCUAUAUUUAUGUAACAAAACAAAGGCAUCUCUCGCAUAACUCGAACAAUGUAUUAUAUAUUCUGGAGUUGCAAAUAGAGCGAAGUGUCUCUUCCAUGUACAUAUCUUUGGCAUUUUCCUAUAUCCUGGGAAAACCGAUUUAUCCUAGGAGAGCUAUUGAUAAGUAAGAGAAAGAAAGAAUGAGAUAUUUUCGUGCUAAAAUACGGAACGUCGAUUCGAACUGAAAUGCGAUAAUCGCGCGCACACACACACAUACACACACACAUAUACACACACAUAUAUGUAUAUCGUGAAAUUUACGUACAAGUUAACGUACCACAUCGAACGCAUGUGAUUUCGUUGCAAAUCUGCCGGCUUUAUUGCUGUUGCGCUGCUCGUGUUAGUCGCCCAUCCUCCCCGUUUUAGCGAGUAACGCCGCUAUUUCGAACGCGCUGCACCGCAAGUAUACGAGAGAGAAUUUUCUAAACGGUCUACUCUUUUCAUUCGUCCUAAACGUUUAUCCGGCCUGAACAGACCAAAGUUUUCCCUCCCGCCCUUGUCAUCUCCCGUAGUGUCCGACUCGUCACCCCGAUUUACUGCCAAGCUCAGUGUUAACGACACACUACUUUGCUAAACCGGCAUACCAUAAGAUCUGUAAACCGCCAAGCAUGAACGUUCAUGCACUGUGUGCCCAGAUGAAAUAAAUUGAAAUGA